UCCAAUCAGGAGCCGUGUUGCUGCGCUGUGUGUUUCAGCUGUUUAUGGUGGUCUUCUCCUUCGGCCCAGCUCUUCCGCGGACCUGCUGUUUCUCUAAACAUGUCGAGCCGUGCCCUGCGAAGACUGAAAGGCAAGCAGAGGGGACAGGAGGCCAUCGACAUCGGAGACCUAAAGCUGAACAGUGAAGAAGCAGAGGGAGCGGAGUUGGAGGAGGAGGAGGAGGAAGAGCAGGACGAGGUGUUACAGCCGGCCAAAGCCAGCAGCAGCCGAACAGCCAAGAAGAGCAAAUCUCAGAAGAACAUCAGCAAUAUUUACGAACUGAUCGGCGAAGCUGACAACGACGUGGACAAAAGUCCCACCGACGAGGAGAGUGUUUUGACAGCGAGAAGCCCGGAGAGUCGUGUCAGCCAUGAACUACAGAAGCAAGAGACAGAGACUCCAAAGUCUGAUGGUGGUGGGAAACUGAAUAAUAAGAAAAAAAAGAAGCGGAAGAAAAAAAAGGCUUCAGCUGGGGAUGUGCAGGAGGAAUUGGGUGCAGGGGACGACAUAGAUGCAUUGUUGGAAACCAUAAAGAAGACUAAUGGCCUGUCACAUCAGAGUGAGGACAGUGGAGCUCCAGGCCAUAGACCUGUGCUUUAUGUGGAACACAGGAAUCUGAAUCCAGAGAAUGAACUGAAGAGGUAUUUUGGAGCUCGGGCUGUUCUGGGAGACCAAAAGCCAAGACAAAGACAGAGACAGUUUCACCGCAGCACAUGGAUGACCACACCCAAAGACACUUGGCCUCGCUUUAGCCGACCAGGUAUCUCUAUGAGUCUGCUGGAGUCCAAAGAUGGCCUCCAGUUCUUUGCGUUUGAACACAGUCGUGAUUACCAGCAGGUCCAGUUCAAGUUCUUUGAUGCUGUGGAGUCCAUGGAUCCUAAUAACAUUGUGGUUCUGCUGCAGCUCAACCCCUACCAUGUUGACUCAUUACUGCAACUUUCUGAUGUCUGUCGCAUCCAAGAGGACCAAGAGACUGCCAGGGAUUUGAUUGAGAGGGCUUUGUACAGCUUUGAGUGUGCAUUCCACCCUGUAUUCAGCUUGACCUCAGGUACCAGCAGGUUGGACUACCGCAGACCAGAGAACAGAGCCUUUUAUCUGGCAGUUUAUAAGCAUAUGAUGUUCCUGGAGAAGAGAGGCUGUCCCCGCACAGCUCUGGAGUACUGCAAACUUAUUCUGAGUUUGGACCCAGAUAAUGAUCCUCUGUGUAUGCUGCUGCUGAUUGAUUUCCUGUGUCUGCGCUGUCGGGAGUAUGCUUCCCUCAUCCGACUUUAUGAGGAGUGGGAGGUCCAUCGUAACCUCUCCCAGCUGCCUAACUUUGCCUUCUCAGUAGCGCUGGCUUGCUACCACCUGAGUCAGCAGGAGGAGACUACACCCGACGAGAGCCAGCGCAUGAAGGUUAAAUCAGACAUAAUGCUGCAGGAAUCUCUUAUCAUGUUCCCAGGAGUGUUGAUGCCUUUGUUGGACCUGUGCACAGUCCAGCCUGAUGCAGCUGUCUCUUCCCAUGCAUUCUUUGGACCUAAAAGCCGUUUGGGGCAGCCCCCUGCACUGACGGAGCUGGAAGGGCUGUAUGUGGGCCGCUGUCACAGCCUCUGGAAGGAGGCAGGGGUGAUGCUUUGGAUGGAGGGCAAUGUUCAAGAGGUGCUGAAAAGGGUUGAUUCAAAGGAUCCCUUGGUGGAUGACUGCCAGAACAAGAGGAAGCAGCGGUACCAGAGUGCUCCCAGGAACAUCCACAGGCAUGUGCUUCUGUCUGAGAUUAAAGAGGCCACAUCUACACUGCCUCUGGAAGUGACCACACAGCCAGUGAUGAGUUAUGACCCUCUCCCCCCUCUGGAUUCUGUAGUGUCCUACACAAGACCAGAAAGGCAGAAUGCACGAGCCUCAAAUGAGAGCACCUUGUCUCUGUUGUUCCGCUCUCUGCUGCCAAACUUCAACUUGCAGGGUGGACAGAGGCCUGAGGAUGACCUGGAAGUGGCGCGGGCUGGACGAGAGCUGAACCAAGAAGUGAAUCGACUGAUGGUGGCCAUGAGGGACAUGCUGGCUAAUAUCCAGUUCCAGGAGCCACAGAGGGAGGACAACCCAGAUAGGGAUGAAGAGGAGUGGGAUUGAGAAAGGCCCUAAGAGUAGAAGAGGGAAAAAUGCUAUGGCGAGAGGUUGAGGUAUAUAUUAGUUUGUUAGAGAGAGGUCUUAGAUUGGAGGUGGAUAGAGAUAAAGAGGAAUUAAGUUAAUGGAGGAACUGUACUUUUGCAGGCUGUAUAUUUCCAUCUUUUGUCCCCUGCAAAGAUUAAACCUUAUGUUCUCGUAACAAUCCAAAAUUGCCUAUGCCCUGAGUACUUAAGACCUUAAGAGAACUCCCCAUGUUUAUAUCAUGCUCUUUGUCUGACCCUCUGGUCAUCUGAAUCUAAAGGAAGGCAUUCAUCAAGCCAUAAAAUCUUACUCAUUUCACAAGCACUUUGAAUAGAAGCAUUAUUUUGGCUUGGUGUUCCAAUGACAUUUUUGUCUUUGCAACCUCAGAGAAUGCAUCAGAAGGUCAGUGUUCAAACUGAAUAGAGAUUUCUUACUUCUGCUGACUGAUCAGAGACAGAUAAGAUCGUGACAUAAUAGCAUGCGAUGGUGCUGCUUACUGAUUGCAAAUAUAACAGCAGACCUUUCAUCUUCAGUCCUGUUUCAGACGUGAACGAAAGUUCCAUCUUCAAAGGGAAAAUGACUUUUGUGGUUGAAUUGUAGUCAGAAGGUCUGCAGUUGUGUGGUGAGAGCAUGUGGAUAGAGAAACGAGUCUAAUUUAUUGUGAACAGAUCAUGUCUAAAAUACUUUACCCAGCUCUUCUUUCCCACAUUGCUUUUAUGAUUACAGACACAUUCAUGCAUUUAUACAUUGCCUGUGACCUAAUUGUGUAAACUUAUUCACAUUAGAGUACAGUCUAGUACUGUAUGUAUGAGGAAACAAUACAGUUUUAAGACAAAAAAUGCACAUUACCAUCCAGUACAUUGAAUAUAUAUAUAAAAUUUGUAAAUAAAGCACCCAGUAAUUUGUAAUCCUGUUGCAUCACGAGUAAAAAUGAGUAUAAUGUUGGUUUUCUCUGAAAUCAAAAUUAUUUGUUGACUUUAUAAAAUGAUAUUUUUAUUAGCUAGAUCAGUGCUUGUUUGGUUUGUAAAGGCAGCUGUUGGUGAUUUGUAAAGUAUAUUAAAUCAGCACUGAAUGAACAUUUCUGAUGUUACAGCCAGGAGUUUGGCCAGUUUAAACCGUGACUAACAUGACCUUUGGUUCAUGUGAACAGCAAACUAUUUAUUAAGUAUUUCCAAUACAGCCUGUGAAGUCCAUUUGAGUAUUCAGUGUGAUAAACUGCACUGAGAAGUAACGUCUACAUAGUUACACAUUCUGUCAUCCCCACCCUUAAGUUUCUUUUUUUCUUUUUUUUGCUGCUGCAAGUUUGAGACGUCCUCUUCGUAUCGUUCUGCUGAUUUUCACAUUAUAAGUUCUUAGACGUACUGAUGUUUCAUUUGUUUAAAUUACUUAAUAGGUCUGUUUAAAUUCAUAAUACUGCAAGAAGUAUGCUAAAUUAUUUUCUGUUUUUCAUGCUGUUAAAUCCAAAGUAAUUCUAAAACAUUGUCAGAUGUUUAGCCGAGUUUGCAUAGCCAGCUGCAGUUAUCACCACCUAGGUGGCUAAAUGACACAUUUAUUCAUGAGGUAGGCCUGUUCCACGAAAAUAGUUUUUACAAUUUUUACAGCCUUGCAUAACUAUGAUGUUUAGCCUACUGUUUUACCAACUGAUUGUUGCUAAAUGUAACGUAACUUGCUAGCUUACAGUGUAUGUAGUUUAAUAUUGCUUGCUAACCAGAGUUAAACUGAUUACUUGUGUUACAUUAGGGAUUUUAGUGGUCUGAGAAGCAACACUUGCUAGUAGAGUACUAAGAGAUUAACCAUUUCACAAGUUUUCUGGAUAAACUGUAGUGUCUCUACUAACAGUCUCUUAUAAACAGAAAGUGCUGCUGCAUGUAUAAAGUUAAAGGAACAGCAAGGGCUCUUGAUGUCAGAUAGGAGGCAUCAUUAUUUGGAACAGUUAAUUUUGCUAGUUUAAAGGCUGAAGACUGACUUUCAUCUUUUUCAUAAUCAGAAAAUUUCUUUAUCAUUUUGAUGCUAAAAUUGACAAACAAGGAAUACUUACAACAUGAAACAAAUUAAUUGGCAUAAAUAAGCCAUUAAGACAAAAAGAUAUGGGUUAUUAUUUUUAAUCAUACUUUCAUGAUAUCAAUACUGCUAACUCUGCACUGGGGGAUCCCAGUAAAUAGAGCCGUGAAAAUAGGCAGCAUGCGAUCUCAUAGUCCAUUGCAUUUUUUUUCCCUCAUGUUUAAGAAACCACAUGAUUUUUUAAGGGCGUUGCAGACGUUUGGAGGGAAAAUAGCUGUGAACUGCCGGCUUUGUUUGCCAGUUCACCUGGAGCUAAAGGCUGUGUCAUGAGGAGUAUUCAUGUGAGGUGUUGCCACUCUGGGGCUCAGAACAAGUGCACCUUCAGGCUUCUCUGCAUGCUCGUAAGGCCUCAAAUUCCCUUAUUUACAUCUAGUCCUAGCUUAUAGUUUAAGAGAGAUGCUCUUUAUAAGGAGGUGGACGUGCUCAAGUGUUUCAUAUGCUGAUCUAAUGUGGUGCAGACAGACAUGUGAUUCAAACAGUAAAUCAAAUUCCUCAUUUCAAGUGGCUUAAUGUAGAGUUGACUUAAACCAUCAAUGGAAUCGUGGAGUUGUAAUGUGUUUUCUUUGCUUUUUAUGCUUUUCCUAUUCAAAUUUUAGGCAUAAUUUUUGAGUCCAGUAGAGGUAAUUUUCCAGACAUUUCAAGCAUAGUCCUUGACUAAAUUACAGUUUUAAAACUAGAUUAAUGAACAGUAGUCUUUGCUUAUGUAAAGAAGAAGCUCCUUUCUCUAUUUUUUAAAAAGCUGAAAGCUGACUUUUGAGUUAUCAGUUUUCUAAUGAAUAAAUAAACAGUUAUGGC